UUUGUAUUGAUUUUCUGGAAAUUCGAUCAUGACGUACUAUUUCCCCAAGAAGCGUUCCCAACCUUUCCGAAAACGAUGGUAUAUAAAGGUCUCACGACUGCAAGUUCUCCCUUACCCUAAUAUCCCAAUAUCAUCAACAAUAAUUUCCAUUCUCUCACCCUCAUCAUGGAUCCAUCUACAAUAGACACGAAACUUAAGUACGAUGAGGAGCCCAAUGCCCUUCACCUCGAGAAAGGUGAACUCGUGGAGAAUGUUACCCAUGAUGCCGUGUUUGGAGAGAUCUCGGAUGAAGGGCCGAACUAUCGGAAUGUUGGCUUUCUGGGAACAGUGGUUCUCAUGAUGAAGACGCAAAUUGGGCUGGGUGUGCUCUCCAUACCGACCGCCUUUGAUGUCCUCGGCAUGGUUCCCGGUGUGAUCGUGCUAAUCGCGAUUGCCUGUAUCACGACAUGGUCCGACUACAUGGUCGGUUCCUUCAAGUUGCGCCACCCUGAAGUCUAUGGUAUCGACGAUGCUGGGGCGUUGAUGUUUGGUACGCCGGGCCGGGUCGUUCUGGCAGUUUCAUUUUGCCUCUACUGGAUCUUCGUUGCAGGCUCCGGUAUCCUGGGGAUUUCGAUUGGCCUGAAUGCGGUCUCCACGCAUGGGGCCUGUACCGCGAUCUUUGUGGCGGUUGCCGCGAUUUUAGGCUUUGCCUGUAGUAGCAUCCGAACCCUUGGAAAGAUCACUUGGCUUGCAUGGAUUGGGUUGCCCUGUAUUCUGAUUGCCAUCUUGAUUGUCACCAUCGCCGUUGGCGUCCAAGAUCGCCCGCCCACCGCACCACAGCUCGAUGGCCCCUGGGUAUCGGAUUUCAAAAUCAUCGGCCAUCCGACCUUUGCUCAGGGGAUCACCGCGGUGAGCUCCCUCGUCUUCGCAUUCUCGGGGACCCCAGGGUUUUUCUCGAUUGUAUCUGAAAUGCGCGAUCCUCGCAAGUUCACCCCAGCACUGCUGAUCUGUCAAGCCGUCGUGACUGCCGUCUAUAUUACGAUUGGCUGUGUCGUAUAUUACUACUGUGGAUCUUAUGUCGCCUCACCCGCCCUCGGCUCUGCUGGUGGACUAAUCAAGAAGAUCGCCUAUGGAAUUUCCUUACCAGGCUUAAUCGUUACCACCACAAUUGUUACUCAUAUCCCUGCCAAAUAUAUCUUCGUCCAUCUGCUUCGCGGCUCGAAACACCUCAUCAGCAACAGCGUCACGCACUGGACCGUUUGGCUUGCCUGCACUCUCAGUAUGACCGUCAUUGCCUAUAUUAUCGCCAGCGCCAUCCCCGUGUUUGAUGGACUUGUGUCGCUCAUCGGUGCUUUACUGGGCACGAUGAUGUGCUUCCAGCCGAUGGGUUGUAUGUGGAUCUAUGACAAUUGGCACAAGCGCAGGGAGGGCCCCGUCUCGAUCAGGUGGUGGUUGAUGGUUGUCUUCAGUGUCUUUGUAGUCGUGUCGGGAACUUUCCUGACCGUGGCAGGAACCUAUGGUUCUGUCGUUGGGAUUAUGGACUCAUACAAGAAAGAAGGUGGCUCUGCAGCCUUCACCUGCGCAGACAACUCGGGGUCUGUGUGAAACUGUAUAUACAAUAGCAGAGUGUAUAAAUGAUUAAUGGCUAGAGAAAAUAUCAAAUCUCAAUAUAAACAUUU